ACAUUCGUAGUCCGUUCGUUGGUCAGACAACAACGAAAAAAUAACCAUCAGGACCACUUACUCAAACUUGGAACUGAACUCGGAGAAGAUGACUUACGGACCUUUGUUUUACACUCACCGCAGUGGUGCAAUGAGUGGUCAACAUUUGGCAGAUGGUGCGGUCGACACCAGCAAUGGCGGAAAUCAUAGUCCAGUCGACACUAAAUCACCWACAUCAAUUGAAAAACAACAUAGCUACGAGCAAAUCGAUCAUGCUCAUUUUUUGGCCAAUGACAUCGGCACUCUCUACCUCAAUGACAGGUUUUCUGAUGUUGUGUUGGUAGUGAAUGGUGAACGUUUCCAUGCUCACAGAGUGGUAUUGGCUUCAAGAAGYGAUUAUUUUAGAGCGUUACUGUAUGGUGGUCUGAAAGAAUCUCAUCAACCAGAAGUGGUAAUCAAUGAAGCUUCGAUAAAUUCAUUUAAAAAACUUCUUGAAUACAUUUACUCUGGACGCAUGAACUUAAGUAUAUUAAAGGAUGAAGUAAUUUUAGAAAUAUUUAGUCUUUCCAAUUUAUUUGGUUUCACAAAUUUGGAACUAUCACUGUGCAAGUAUUUACGCAGUAAUAUCAAUGUUUAUAAUGUGUGCUCUAUGUUUGCUGCAGCUCGCUUAUACCAACACAAAGAGUUAGUUACCGAAGCUUUGAAUUUUAUUGACUACCAUGCAUUGGAAGUACUUCAAUCGGAAGCUUUUUUAUCUCUUUCAUCUGAAGCACUUCAGGAAAUUCUUAAUAGAGAUUCUUUGUACGCUUAUGAAUUGGAUAUAUUUCGUGCGGUUUGUCGUUGGAUUAAGGCUAAUCAAGAUGAUGAAGAUCCUGAGUUUAAGAUUAAAGUUUUGUCUGCUGUCAGAUAUCCCUUGAUGAGUCUAGAUGAAUUGCUUUCUGUUGUGAGGGAAUCGCAACUUGUAAGUUCUGAUAAUAUUUUGGAUGCUAUACAACUACGAAAUACAUUACCUUCACAUAAACUCAAAUUUAGAGKACAGCUAAAACCUAACUUAAAUAUUGCUCAUCCUUCACAAGGCGCUCAGGUAAUGCAGGGAGAAAUGCGUUCAGCAUUAUUAGAAUCUGAUUCUAGUGGCCAUGAUCACGAGCGGGGAUGUACAAGGCAUUUAAUUAAUGAAAGCGACAGCGGUAUUAUGAUAAAGCUUGGUCAUCCUUCAAUUAUUAAUUAUAUAAAAAUGCAACUAUGGGAUAAAGAUCUUAGGUCCUAUUCUUAUUACAUUGAAGUUUCAAUGGAUCAGCAUGAUUGGGUGCGUGCUAUUGAUCAUUCAAAUUAUUAUUGUCGAUCAACACAACGUUUGUGGAUACAACCUCGAGUAGUGCAAUAUAUUCGUAUUGUGGGUACCAAUAACACCGUUAAUAAAUGUUUCCAUACAGUUUCAAUGGAAAUAAUGUACAAUUCAGAAGAAAUGCAUUUAGUAGACAUUGAAAAAGGAUUAGUAGUACCAAAAUUUAAUGUUGCUACAAUGGCCAUGAAUGCUAUAGUGAUUGACGGAGUAAGUCGUUGUCGAAAUUCUCUGUUAGACGGUAACUCUAAAGAUUAUGACUGGGAUUGCGGUUACACAUGCCAUCAACUGGGUUCUGGAUGUAUACUUGUUCAGCUUGGUCAACCUUAUAUGCUUAGUUCAAUGAGAAUGCUACUUUGGGAUUGUGACGACCGCUAUUAUAGUUACUAUGUUGAAGUGUCAGUUAACAUGUGGGAUUGGGAAUUGAUUGUUGACAAGUCUAAAGAGCUUGUUCAAUCUUGGCAACUUUUGCAGUUCAACUCUCGGCCCGUUGUAUUUAUUCGUAUAACUGGUACUUUUAAUUCAGCCAAUGAGGUUUUUCACUGUGUUCAUCUAGAGGCACCGGCUCAGGUUCCAUUAGAUUUAAAUACAGUUGAAGUCGAACAGGAGAUUUCAAAUUUACAAGUUACAAAAAAAAUAAACAAAAACGUAUCAGAUGAUCAUGAGUCAAUGGAAACACCACCAACUACAGCAGCAGAAACUUCAACACCUGCAACGGACGGCUUGACUGUUUAAAUCAUCAAUUUUACUACAUCAUUCGCUAAUGUUCCUUGUGUGUUUUCCAUAAUAGACUGAAUGUUAUAUAAAAUUGUUAUUAAUAUAAAUUAUACAGUUAUUAAUUUUUCACUAUUUGUG